GGAAAGGCCUAAUAUUUACAUGUGAAACAUCUCACCCGCAGCCUGUCCGCAGCUCGUGCUAGUUUUUACUUAUUUUUUAUUCUUAUGCGCAAAAUAUUAAAUUUCACCAAAUUUUCAAUAAAUUUCAAAAUCGUGCUUAAUCGUUGGUGAUUUUCAACUAUCUGGAAUUGGAAUAGUGCGCUCACUCGAAACCGUCUAAACAUGGUUUUUACCGAACGCGGAAAGACUAUCGCUACGACGGCAUUUGUGGCAGCAGUCGGGGCUGGAGCAAUUUAUUUGUUUUUUAACCGGCGUAAACUGUUCCGUCGGUUCGUCGACCCGUUGCAUAACCAAACCGUCCGGAUCGUCACAAAUCCGGAGGAUUGCCAAAAGAUAGUCAGCUUGCUACGGGAACACUGCCGGGAGUUUCGUGUAUUGGGGUUCGACUGUGAAUGGGUCAAUGAACAGGGUAAAAGACACCCGGUGGCGCUGCUCCAGUUGGCCACCCAUCGGGGCCUUUGUGCGCUGAUUAGACUGUGCGAAAUGAAGCGGAUUCCACCGGAGUUAGGCGAUCUACUGAACGACCCGGCCAUUGUGAAGGUGGGCGUUGGCCCACUCGAAGACGCUAAGUUGCUGAAAAUCGAUUACAACUUGAAGGUGGAAAGCACGCUGGACUUGCGCCACUUGGCGGACCGUUGUGGCAUCCCGGGGCCAUACGGGAUGGCGAAGCUGGCCGAGAAAACACUUGGCGUCAAGCUGGAUAAACAUUGGCGCGUAAGAGCGUCGAAUUGGGAGAAUGCUCAGUUGACCGAUCGGCAGAUUCAGUACGCGGCGAGUGAUGCGCAUGUGGCUGUAGAGCUGUUCCGGAAGUAUACCAAACAAGCCAUUCCACGCUCGAUUUUCACCAAUCGGCAAUCAUGGCUCACAAAAACCAUCAACGAGUUGGAAUGCUUGUUCGAUCUGCGGUUCAACGACAAACAAAACUAUCCGAGCAAAAACAAAAAGAAACUGCUGGGUUCUGCCAAAGCUACCAACAUCGAAAUCAAACGUUCAAUGGCGACCCGCGCCAAGCCUUUGUAUGACAACUGUGAGAUGCAGGCUCCGGAUGGCGAACUGCUGUGCACGUGCGAUCGCAGGAAGGCCGAAUGGUACGUCACCAAAGAGCUAGCCGAGAUCGUAACCGAUCAGCCAGUGUAUACAAUCCGGUUGAAGUUUGAACCGAAAGGCCGGGCCGUUGGCGAUGUGGGCAAAUACUACCAGAUUGCAAAGGAAAACAAAUGCGUCGUGUGCGGGGUAAAAGAUUCCUAUAUUCGCAAGAAUGUGGUUCCACGGGAUUACCGGAAGCAUUUUCCAUUAAUCAUGAAAGAGCACAUAUCCCACGAUGUACUACUGCUGUGCGCCCCCUGCCACCGUACCAGCAACAUGCACGACGAAAACAUGCGGCUUAGUUUGGCCUCGCGAUGUACAGCCCCCUACAGUGCGCAGGAGAAUCCGAAGGAAAUCCGUGUAGAAAGCAUGUCGGACCUUAGAAAGGCGGCCCGCGCCCUCGUAUACUGUGCGGAGAAAAUUCCCGAAGAACGCCAGAAGGGUCUCCGGAAGAAGAUGCAGAGACUGUUGCCCAAGGGAACCGAACUGACAGCGGAAUUGUUGGAACACUACGCAAACAUUGAUGUGACUAUUCCGAAUGGGGAUUACAGUGCACACGGGGAGACGGUUGUCGAGUACUUUAAACAGGCGGUCGGUGGAUUACCUGAAUUGGAAAGAAUUUGGCGAGAGUACUUCCUGCAGACGAUGAAACCCAAAUAUUUACCAGAACUGUGGUCAGUUGAGCACAACCUCGAAAGAUUACAAAUUCGCGCCAACGAAGGUCGCGUCGAUGAGCAGGACUUGAUAAUAGCAGGUAUUGCGCUGCCAUCUCACAGAUGUUCCUCCUCAGAAAACUCAAGGAGCAACACAACCAGCUCAAGCACCAGAAGUAACGGCAACGGGGAAAACACGCUCAGCUAUAGCAACAGCCACAGCGAUGAUAUCUCUAUAUCUUCGCUUUCCAAUAACGGCAACGACAGCACUGCCAGAGACCUAUCUUCCUACCGAGAUGGGGAAAUAGCUGACACCGAACUGACUGCAUUUUAUUCGAACCGUGACGAAACGGAAACUUUGUUCGGUUCAAUCAACGGCGCUAGUUCAGCCACCAUUCAGGACGUCAGGACGUUUCAAACGGUUCAAUCCGCAACGCUCACCAACGGAAAUGGAAAUGAUCAACCACAAACGUCGUCUACGACUGGUGGAAUCGAUGACGACGAUGACGAUGAGGGAAGCGAAAUGGCCACAGCGAAAGACUUCGCAUCCAUUGAAACGCAUAGUUACGAUUCGGACGAUUCAGAUUCGACCCUGUCACAGCCGUCGAUGACGUUGCUCAACUCGACAGACGACUGGGAUGCCGAAGCUAACGAACCGAGCGUUAAUGGGACCGUGCUGUUGGGAACUCAGGUGGAUGCUCGCCAGGGUAAGUUUGAUCAUCGUCAAAAUUGACACAUUGAAAAGAUUUGAUCGAAUCUUUUGUUUGUAAAGCAGAAACUGAAAAUUAUUUUAACCAGUUACUUAUAGUGUGCAUGAUUUGUUUUAACUCUUAAUAUUAUAAAUUACAUACAUCAAAAAUUGUUAA